AUGGAUCACGGCCGCUGCACCGACCUCACUGAAGCAGUGCGCUCGACGCAGCUGCUCAGGAUCAAUGGCUAUUGCGCGACCUCAACCAUGGCGUCCUCGGAGUACGUCAAAUCCAGAUGGAACGUCGAUGGCCACGAGUGGGAAGUCCAUCUCUAUAUUACACACUACGGGUUGGGGUUGCAAAGCAAGCCCCGCUACGUGUAUUGGGUAGCACCAGGGUCCUGGGUAGCACUAGGGCUCAAUCUUCUCGGUGAACCCCAGAGGAAUAAGUUGAGGGCGAAUCUAAGCUGCCGGCUUGUAGAUCCAAGCCGGAACCUUGAUCCUUCUGCAGAGAAGAGCGUGUCCCACAUAUUCGGCAAAAGUGGAAGUCGAUGCACUACUCUCCUGAUGAUAACGAGAGAUGAGGUGCCGACAUCAGGUUAUCUCAUGAAUGAUUCUCUGACCUUGCAAUGCACCAUCACCGUGCUCAAGGAACUGCCUGAUGUAGUAAUCAUCCCGGCUGUUGCGGAGGCGCCCUCACCAUUGCCAGCCUCUGAUCUGCUCAGGCACUUCGGUGACCUCUUGCAGAGCCGGAGGGGAGCAGACGUCACGUUUGUGCUCGACUCCGGCGAGCGUUUUCCUGCCCACAAGAACAUCCUUGCCGCAAGGUCUCCUGUCUUCAUGGCCGAGUUCUUCGGUCACAUGAAUGAGAUGAGAUCCAAGUCCGUCCAGAUCCAGGACAUGGAGGCUGCCGUCUUCAAGGCCAUGCUCCACUUCAUCUACACUGACAUGGUUCCGGAGCUUGAAGAGGAGCCUGAGGCGUCGCCCACGAUGGCGCAGCACUUACUCGCAGCUGCUGACAGGUACGGGCUCGACAGGCUGAAACUCAUUUGCGAGGGCAAGCUCUCCGGCGGCAUCGACGUCGACACGGUGGCGACGUCGCUGACUCUGGCGGAGCAGCACAACUGCUCGCUGCUCAAGGCCAAGUGCGUCGACUUCAUCGCCAGGUCGCCGGAAACUCUCGAUGCGGUCUUGGCGACGGACGGGUUCAGGCAUCUCGUGGAGAGCUGCCCCUUGGUGCUGACCGAGCUUGUCAGAGCUGCGCAUGGGAGGAUGAACUGAUGAGGUUGUGUCCAUGGAUCCCUGCUAUGGUUGCCCAAGAUUUACUUGGUUCAUCUUAUCUGCCUA